AACAAAUCGAAGCUAACCUCUCAUCUCAUCUCAUGGCUGUAAGUGAAAACACAAAACGAGCACUUCGAAUUGAGAAUUAUUUGAGCCUUUGUUACACUUUUAUGCUCUUUACCAAUGAAUAGGGAUUCUCCGUAAUGCAAAUCUCUCGGUCAAUCCAAUGUACCUGGACACCUCAGUAUUAUUCACAUGAGAUGCUGAGGAGCUUUAAACCCUAUAUUUCCCGCACCUUCUCCAGCAGCAUUAGAAGCAGAAAAUACCCUUUUCCAAUGGCGAAUUUGUCCACCGUUUCAACACAGAAAGAGGCUGUUUCUACUAAAGAUGAGUCCAGCCAUAUAGUCCCUAAGCCUUUGCAGGUUGCCAAGCGCCUAGAGAAGUUCAAAACUACAAUUUUCACCCAAAUGAGUAUGCUAGCCAUCAAGCAUGGAGCUAUAAACCUUGGCCAGGGCUUUCCCAACUUUGACGGCCCUGAUUUUGUAAAAGAAGCAGCUAUUCAAGGCAUUAAGGAAGGUAAAAAUCAGUAUGCUCGAGGAUAUGGAGUCCCAGACCUCAACUCUGCUGUGGCUGCUAGAUUCAAGAAAGAUAGUGGACUUGAGGUUGACCCUGAAAAGGAAGUUACUGUGACUUCGGGCUGCACCGAAGCAAUUGCUGCAACCAUUUUGGGCUUGAUAAAUCCUGGUGAUGAGGUUAUCCUGUUUGCUCCUUUCUAUGAUUCUUAUGAGGCUACUUUAUCUAUGGCUGGAGCAAAGAUAAAGGGUAUUACUUUAAGACCGCCAGAUUUUUCUCUUCCAAUUGAUGAGCUAAAAUCAGCAGUAUCAAAGAACACUCGAGCAAUCCUUCUAAACACUCCUCAUAACCCCACAGGGAAGAUGUUCACUCGAGAAGAACUCAAUGUCAUUGCCUCUCUGUGCAUUGAAAAUGAUAUUUUAGUUUUUGCUGAUGAAGUAUAUGACAAAUUAGCCUUUGAAAUGGAGCAUAUUUCAAUUGCUUCUCUUCCGGGGAUGUACGAACGAACUGUGACUAUGAAUUCUUUGGGAAAGACAUUUUCGCUAACAGGCUGGAAAAUAGGUUGGGCGAUUGCUCCUCCUCAUUUGACAUGGGGAGUAAGACAGGCUCAUUCCUACCUUACCUUUGCAACAUCCACUCCGAUGCAAUAUGCAGCAGCAACGGCCCUUAGAGCCCCAGAUUCUUAUUAUGAGGAGCUUAAGAGGGAUUACUCGGCCAAAAAGGCAAUAUUGGUGGAGGGGUUAAAGGCAGCUGGUUUCACAGUAUACCCCUCGAGUGGAACGUACUUUGUGGUUGUUGAUCACACUCCUUUUGGAUUAGAAAAUGACAUUGCCUUCUGCGAAUACCUGAUCAAGGAAGUUGGUGUUGUAGCCAUUCCAACUAGCGUAUUCUAUCUAAAUCCAGAAGAAGGAAAGAAUCUUGUCAGGUUUACCUUCUGCAAGGAUGAUGAUAUUCUUAAAAGUGCAGUGCAGAGGAUGAAGGAGAAGCUGUCAAAGAAGUGAGGAGCUGUAGGAGAGACAUCAUGCACUGAAUGUCUUAUUGUUCUGGCAUGAAUUGUUUGUAACUGUGAUAAUUACUAGUACAUUGUUUGCUGAUAGCCAUUUUCUGAAAGGUGAGGCUCAAUAAGAACUUAGCAUGUUGUAACCCUGAAAACAUAGGAACGGGAAGCAGUUGGAGAUAUAUGCCAAUUCUUGAUAUCUUGAAACUGCCCCAACCCUCCCCAAAGCCACACUUUCUGGAGAGGGUCUCUUCUUAAUUAAUAGAUAGUGGCAACAUCACACAUUUCACUUCAACUUCAAA